AUGCCGGCAUUGUCGUCCAUCGUUAUUGACGCCCCUCCUCAAGACGUCUGGAAUGUCCUCAUUGAUUUCCCCGGCUGGCCAGAGUGGAACACAUGGUUCUUAUCCAUCCGUGCCCACUCAACCCCCCUUGAACUAGGCACACUCGUCACAUUUACAAAUGCGAUGUCUGAGACUGCGAAACCCGGGACUUACACAGCACGCAUCACCACUUGGCACCCCGAGAAGACAGAGUUUGCGUGGAAGGGUGGCCCAUUGCCUGAAUGGCUGGGAUGGACUCUGAGGGGUAGUCAUUGGUUUAAGCUUGUGGCGCAGGAUGGAGGGAAGAAGACGCUGUUCGAUCAUGGCGAAGACGUUGAAGGCCUACUCAGUGUCUUGGUGCCCAGCAGUAUGGUGAAAGAUUUGGUCAAGCAGCUGGACAAGUUCAAUGGCGAAUUGAAGAGACGGGUUGAACAAGGUCCAACUGCCACCCCGGCUUGA